AUGCUGUCGACCUCUUCCUCAACAUCGCUCGAGUCGACCUGCUUUUUUCCCUUGCGGAGGUUUUCUACCAAGCACUUGUUGCGUUCUCGCCAGGCUUUCUUUUCCUUUAAUAUGCCUCUUGCGUCGGCCACGUUAUGCUUCGGCGUUCUAGCCUCUGUUGACGAGGACGAGACUCUAUCGGUGUCCUUGGUGCUGGUCAGCUCGGGUUCUUGUUGUGCGCGCACCUAG